ACAGCGUUUAUCCGUCCACAGUACAGUCGCGUCUUGUGUAAGCGCCGCUCUCUGGGCGCUCUGGGUGAAGCGAGUCGAAUUUAGUGUGUCAUGCGCUCUGUGCUGGCGCUAUUUGGAUAACGGCAGUACUUAGCUGCAGGGAAACUUUAUUUCCUGCGAGUGACUAUUAACAACCCACUUGUAAUUUUUCUGUCGCGAAUAAACCAGUCGUUGCUUAAUGAUGAUGAGCAAGAACGUUACGAGGACGCUUUUGAGCUCCAUACGUGGGAUUUCUUCAAGCCUUCGCCUGAAUUACCCGCAGAGUUCUGUCAGUGCCUCGAAGAGAGAUAGAGAGGUGAUCAAAAGUAGGGAGCUGGAGAAAGAUGAGCUCCGACCGCUGUACAUGGACUUUCAGGCAACAACACCGAUGGAUCCCAGAGUUCUGGAUGCUAUGCUCCCUUACCAAGUGAACUACUAUGGCAAUCCACACUCUAGGACACAUGCUUAUGGGUGGGAAAGUGAGGCUGCAAUGGAAAAAGCGAGAAAACAAGUAGCAGAUCUUAUUGGGGCUGAUCCACGAGAAAUUGUGUUUACUAGUGGUGCCACAGAGUCCAACAAUAUGUCAAUCAAAGGUGUGGCCCGCUUCUAUAAGGCCAAGAAGAAGCAUGUCAUCACCACACAGAUCGAGCAUAAGUGUGUGCUGGACUCCUGUCGUGUCCUAGAGUCUGAGGGCUUUGAAGUAACAUACCUACCUGUGAAAAGCAAUGGUCUAAUUGACCUCCAGCAACUAGAUGAAACAAUACGUCCAGAUACCAGCUUGGUGUCUAUCAUGAUGGUUAACAAUGAGAUUGGAGUCAAACAGCCAAUUGAAGAGAUAGGUCACAUCUGUAGGUCCAAGAAUGUGUUCUUCCACACUGAUGCAGCCCAAGCUAUUGGAAAAAUCCCCAUCAAUGUCUCUGACUUAAAAGUGGAUUUGAUGUCCAUUAGUGGUCACAAAAUAUAUGGCCCCAAAGGUGUCGGGGCUCUGUAUGUAAGGAGGAGGCCAAGGGUUCGCAUCGAGCCGCUGCAGAGCGGAGGGGGACAGGAGAGAGGGCUGCGCUCAGGCACAGUACCCACCCCCUUGGCUGUGGGACUGGGGGCUGCCUGUGAGCUUGCCCAGCAAGAGAUGGAGUAUGACCAUGCCCGAGUGUCUGUGCUUGCUAAUCGCCUUGUGCAGAAGAUAAUGUCUGAGAUUCCAGAUGUUGUGAUGAAUGGAGAUCCAGAACAGAGAUACCCCGGAUGUAUCAAUUUAUCAUUUGCCUAUGUUGAGGGUGAGAGUCUGCUGAUGGCUUUAAAGGAUGUUGCACUAUCCUCUGGGAGUGCAUGCACCUCUGCUUCAUUGGAGCCUUCCUAUGUACUGAGGGCAAUAGGAGCAGAUGAGGACCUGGCCCAUUCUUCAAUCAGGUUUGGAAUUGGGCGCUUUACCACAGAGGAGGAAGUGGACUACACAGCUGAGAAGUGCAUUCAACAGGUUAGACGACUACGAGAGAUGAGUCCUUUGUGGGAGAUGGUGCAGGAGGGUAUUGAUCUGAAGAGCAUCAAGUGGACACAGCAUUGAACCACCUCUCAGGGAGAAAUGCUAGAGGAUCACUGGAGUACAAAUACUUUUAUAUAGUAUUUUUGAAAACACCUAGGACUUCUCUUUCCUCAAAGAAACACGCACAAUUUUAUUAUUUGAGAAUUGAGAAUGUUCAUUAAGCAGGUGGUAGCGUUUUGUACUAGUGCAUUGGGGUUUUAAAUCGUUCAGAUUGCAGAGAUAGUUUGUUUCUGCUUUCUUCAGCUGACCACAAAGGAAAUAACUUGUUCUCAGAAUUAGGUUUUACCACAAAAUACAUGCACUUUGCUUAUUAGUGCAUAUUUGGACUCUGUGGAGUAGUUUUGUUCAAAUUACUGUUUUUUAGGUAAUUAACACUACUAAAACAAUCCUUUUCUGUAUUAAGUCUUUGUCUCCCACAAUAUAGUAUUGACUUGGAGGCUCACAUUACACCUUGACCUUGGAUCAGAAUUAGGACUUAAGAUACCCGUUACAUUCUUUGGUGUAUGUUUUGUGUAUACCAUCUUUAUAUAGUCAGAACAGUACCAAGGACAGAUGCUGUUCUUUUAUGAUUAGAGAGAUGUGUAUUUAAGUGUGAUGAGAACAUACCUAGUGGUAUCAUUGGGAAAAAAAUGUGAAUUAAAAUCUAAAUAAUCUCAGAACAGAAUAUGGAUUGUCAAUAAAUCUUAUCCUCAUUUGUCACAUGCCCAUUUGUUACACAUACUGAGUAAGGAGUUAUCCAUGCAUGCAGUAUGAGUCCUCAUAACUUUUCCACAAAGGCAGUUUACAGUUAAACUAAUUUAAUCAGGUAUGUUGUUGUGUAGACAUCGUCACCAUUCCAGUCACAAAUGUAUCUUACUAAUAAACAACUACAAAGACA